GGGGAGGAUGAGAGAAAGCAGAAAACCUAACAAUCGAUGGACAGACAGGAAUGUUAUUCCCAAAAACACAUAUUCUUACAAAUUAAUAUUAAUCACUACACUUAAAGCGUAGUUUUCUAAAGCAGCAACAAUACUAAACAUUGCAGAAGCAAAAACCGUGGAAGACCUUUGCUUUUAGCAAUCUUUCGUGGAUUGUUUUAAAGAACUUUCGAAUAUCUUGUUUCACAAUCAGUAAUACGCUUACAAUAACAAAAAAUAAUAAUAAGUCGUAUCUUUAUCGGAAUUCGUGAAACCAGAACAUUUCGUUUUCUUUGAAGAUUUACUUAACAAUCGGUAAACACUUAAAAGAAAAAAAAUAUUUCGUAGAAAGCAAUUAGUAAUAUUGUUAUUGCUUUCCUAUGAAUAUAUUAUUCCCUUAUUCUAUACCAAUCCCAUUGCUUUCAAAUUUUUAUGAUCAUAUCAUGUCACAACAGAAUGUUAACGAUUCAUCAUCACCAUAUUCUUCUACACCCUCUGCAUCAUCAUCACCAUCAUCAUCAUCAUCGGCAAUGUUAACGGCCAAUUCAACAACAUUACCACGUUCAUAUAAUUUAGCCGUGGAAAUUUUACAUACAUUAGCUGCACGACAAUAUAAUCAACAAGUGUUAACAUCUGAUCAAAAGAAUUCAAUGAACAAUAAAAUUUCACAAAAAUUACCAUUUGAAUCAUUACCACUGAAUUUACAAAAUUUAUCACUUUAUUUAUUAAAUAUGACCAAUUCUUCAUUGAAUUCCAUUCAAAUCAAUAAUAAUAACAAUAUUAGUAACGAUUUUUCAAAUCAUAUUCAAUCUACAUUAAAUAAUGAUUGGAAUAAAUGUAAUGAAACAUUGCCUACUACAUGUCGUCAAUCUAGAACUGUUAUGAAUACAAUCGAUGAUGCAUUAUAUACAUCAAAAGAUAAUAAUAAUCUUUUAAAUUCAUAUGAAAGAUUAGCUGCAUGGUCUUCUACACUUUCUAAUUCAUCACCAUGUGCUAUUGCAGCAUUUCAAAAUGCUUUAGCUCAAUUAACACUAAUGGGUUUAUCGUCUUCUUCAACAGCGACAACAACAUCUACAACAGUAACCAGUAAAAAUACUGUAGAUUCACAAAAUUUACUAGUAGAUAAAUUAUCAAAUUUAAAUGAAUCUGUAAAUUCAGUGUUAAAUUUAUCUAAUGAUGAAGUGAAUAAUCAUUAUUGUAGAAAUAAUAACUGUGAUAUACCAUUAUCCACAUCGAAUUCAACUGUAAUAAAUCAAGCAACUAUGUAUAAGAAAUCGGAAGACGGCUCAAAAAUAAUUAUUCGUCAAACUGCUGAUGCAGAUGAACACUUUUUUAAAGCACUACGAGGACUAAAAGUUGAUGUUUCCCAGACUAACCUUAAAUCACCUAAUCUACAGAAACAACCGAGUAUUUAUGAAAAAUGCAAUAAUACAUCAACUAUUUCUUUAUCCACUCCAACUUCAAUUCAUUCAUUUGAUUUUGGAGAAGAAAAAAUUCAACACUGGUCUCUGAAUGUAGAAGAAAAACAUGAAGGAGAUAAAAAGCGUUCAGCUGCAGAAUUAGCUGUAGAUGAGCAUUUCGAAAAGUCUUUAGCAGCAUUUCGUGCUUCUGCUUCAAAAAAGCAGAAUGAUCGCAUUAUCUGUGAAGAUCAUUUAAAAUCACAAGCAUCUAUAACACAUUCCUCAAAUCAGAACUUGAUAAAUAGCUUGACAUUGAAGGGUUCUGAUUCGUAUUUACAUCAUGAUAAAUCUAAUAUUCAUUAUAAUAAGUUUCAACAUAAAUCUUUACAAACAGAACCUAGAAGUGAGCAUUAUAAUGUAAAUUCAAUACUUCACUAUAGUAAUACUAAACCUACAUCAAAUCCUAAUUUGGCAGUAACGUGUGAAAAUACUCUAUUCUCACCGUCGAGCAUUUCAAGACAACUGACUAGCACUGAUGAGCUACAUGAUGAUGUUGAAAGUGAUGGUUCAAUUCAAGUUCAUAGUCCAAACAUUACUACCAGCACUGCCAUUAAUCGAUUCAAAAUAAAAUUCGCUUCAUCUUCUACAUCAUUACCACCAUUAUUUCCUAUUAACUCAUUUAAACCUAAAAAGAAUUGGCUAGCUCAAUAUGACUGGAGAUAUCAGCAACCAGAGACAACAACCAUUAGUCCAACUACACCAAACACUAACCAAUCUAUUUUCGAUUCAUCUGGAUCAUCCCCAUCAUCGAUCAAUAUUGCUAGUGAAAGUAUGGAUGAUGUCCAACAUAUUUCGAAUGUAUCUAUGCCAAAACUACACAUAAUAUCUGAAUUACGUAACACUAACACUCCUGAUCAUAGUAAUCAUGGAAUGUCUACAGAAGAAGCUCCAGAUUUAAGAAAUGACUCCGAUUGUAUCUUUUCAUAUUCUUCAUACUCAUCACCUUCUUCACGUUCCUCUUCUUGUUCUGGUAAUAAUCCUCCUGAAUGCUGUACUACAAAUAGCACUGAAGGUGAACUUCAACAAUCUGGUAGUACACUGACAAAAUCCAAACUUUCAUUUCCAAAAUUCGGUACAAUUUCGUUAGUUGAAAAAGAUGAUUGUUAUGAAAAUGAAUCUGAAGAAAAAUCAAUCAAUCAAAGAUAUUUUGUCGACAAUAGCUUCAAAAAAAAAGUUAAAAAUGAAGGUGUUGAGAACAAAACGUAUAUCACAUCAGUAAAUAGUAAUGGUACUAUACCAACAACAAUAAAUAAUAAUAAUAAUCAUGAUAAUAAUUCCCUCGAAUCUAAUCUCAAUUUCAAUCGACGAUUAUCCAAUUCCAUUUCAUCAUCUACAACAAUGAAUGUUGAAAUUGAAGAACCAAUUGAUGAGAAGCAUUCGACAGGUAUAUUUUUCAAUAAUGGAUCUAAUUACAGUCUAGAUUCAACAAUUUCUUCAGUUAUUAUGAAUAAAAAUGAAAGUUCGUUAGACAUUGAAAACGGUCAUAUUCAGAAUACAUAUAACAAUAAUAACAACAAAUCAAAAGAUGAAGUUAGUAAAAAGUGUACAAUUGUUCAGAAAUCACAACAACAUCAUAUUCAAAAUUUUAAUAAUCAACAUCAUCAUCAACAACAACAAACAACUAACGAAAUGAAUGAUGCUGAAGAUACUUUACAUAAUUUAUGGAGUUUACGUAAACGUGUGUCGUCUGAUGUUAGUCCUUGGUCUACGUUGAAACGAUCUAGAUCCGUAUUAACUUCGACAAGUUUAAGUAAUGAUAAAGUUUCAACGAAUACUAUUUCAUCAAAUGAAUUUUGUUCCGAAGAGGUCUAUCAAUUAGAUAAUGAUGACUGUGGAAUGUAUAAUACAAACGACAGAGGUUUUGUUCAUAGUAAAUCUAUGGAUAGCAAAUUAAAUCCAUUUGAUAACAUUGAUUCAAGUUUAAAAUUUUCAAAAUUUCAUCUAUCUACUUGCAAAUCAAUAAAUAAUAAUGAAUUAUUAACUGAACCAAAAAAAACAUGCAGUGAACCGAAUGUGCCAGUUAGUAGAUCAAGUAUUAAAGAUAAGAAAUCACUAGCUGGUGCAUUAUCAUAUCCAUCAUUCCAUCAACUUGAAAGUUGUCAUCAAAAUUUUUAAGAAUAUCGAAUUAUUCUUUAUACAAUUGUAUGACGAAUCAAAUAUAUAUAUAUAUAUAUAUAUA